AUGACUGCCGUUCCUCCUAGCCCCUCGGACUGCCCUGUUCCCAUUUCCCACCCUUCGUCCUUUCCAGGACUGCCCUCAGUAUUUUUUAUUUUUAUUUUAUUUUUACCUUUGGGUAGCUUGCUCCCCUCUUCUAUACCCUACCAUAUCCAUCCCAUCACAAAAAGGGAGAGGGAGGCUGCAGCUGCGGCCCGUUGUUUCGUCAAAUCCUACGCCGGGGUCCUGCAUGCUGUGACUAGGCGGGACGAGACAACAAAGGAGAAAAGGGUUCAAGACGAGAAACGAAGCGAGUCCAGGAACAAUCAAACACCUUUUUUCGAUCGCCCGCCGCGGGGCGGGCCUGCGAUAGCUCCCAACAUGGAAGAGAAGCACAAAUUCAUUAUCCCGGCCCACGAACGGCGGCAACCCGGAACCGUCACUGUCGACCCUACUUCGCCGACAGAAGAAAUAACAACAUCACAACCCGAGGCCCCAAGGAUACAGCACGUUGACCACUCAUAUCCUCAAUCAGCCCAUCUCCGAGAUGUCCCCGAUGCGUCACCGCCAUAUCCGGAUGCGAUAACAAUCGGCACGGAGCGGCCAGCCCCUGCUGUCUCACGACAUGCCCCAGCCGGGGCGGCGGUAGCGGCACCUGACCUCGAACAGCAGGGCGGCCUGAAAGGCUGGAUCCGGAGGGUCGAUGGCGCGGGACAGGUUGACGGAAAGUCGCGAAAAACCAUCCUUGGCCUGACCGUGUUCCGGUUCUGGGCCGCGGUCGCUCUGGGCGUUGUGAUUGUCGGCGUCGCCAUCGCCGUCGGUCUGGGGCUGGGGCUGGCUAACCGUAGCCACAAUACGACAUAUUCGGUAGUAGACUCCGGCGACCCGACGACAGUUACGCAAAUCCUCGGCGUCCCUUCCCCGGCUCCGAUUAACCCGUACUGCCCGCUGUACCAUGACUCCUGGACAGCAAGCAACACUACGGUGACGCCCUACGACGCCUCUGGCUCCCCGAUCCGCUUCAACAACGACCAGGUCAUGUCCUUUGACGUGAUGUGCAACACUUACUGGCCGCAGCGCCAGGGCCUGAAUCCCGGGCUACGCGACAUCCUCGUCAUGACCGUCCCGGACAUGUUGACCUGCAUUACGCUCUGCGCGCAGUACAAUCAGGGCUACAGCGAUGCCGUCGGCGAUGACGUCUACGUCGGCGGCGGAAUCUGUGUGGGUGUCGCGUUGAUCAAAGGCAGAGGCCAGUUUUGUCAUUUGAAGAAUGCGACGGGGAUAAACGACACCGCCGCCGCGGGCGGAUUCGAAGUCGAUUCAGCCGUUCUCACGGGGGAUUGGGCUGGGAUGAACGGCAUAGAGCAGACGCUUGCUUUUGGGGGUAACGUUGAUUUCGGCGCUAAUGGAACGAAUGCGACCACCUCUGGUUAA